AAAAAGAAGAAGGAGAUUGAAAAAGAGCAGCCGGAGCCAAAAGAACAUGAAGCCGUGAACACAGAGAAAGAAGACAAGGCAGAGGACGUGCCGGUGAAGGGUGACAUCAGCAAACCCGUGGAGAAGAAAUCUUUUAGCACAGCUCUUGAGCCAAGUAUUUAUUUCAGUGACGAUGAUGAGGACAUGAAUGUGAAUUUUGACAUCGACAUAGACACUGAUGACGACGAUGAUAGAAAUGAGGAGAUUGCUGCAGACGGUCGCUCAAACAGCUCGGGUACAAAGCCCAGGGUAACAGAUGAAGAUGCAACAACAGAAGUCAAGAAGAGCAACAAGGAUGAUGACGGAGAGCAGAAAAAUACGUCUCCAGACGAGCACAGUGCUGAUGAAGAGCUCGCAGAGGCAAUGGAUAUCGACACAGAGAACCAUGUGGAGGAGGACUAUGAUGAAGAUGAUGACUGGAUGGAUGUGGACAGUAAUGCUUCUGCUCCCACUUUAAAUGAAGUCACAAAAAAGAAGACCAACCUAUCGGUGCCCAUGGCUCUGAUGAAAGAAGUGAAGAUAGUAAUCCCAAAACUAGACAUCGAGAAGGUGCAGCAUCCCAUCCACAUUUCCCAGUUGUCAUCUUUGAGUAACAAGCAGCCGGUGGAAGAUAAACCCGUCCAUGAUGACAAGAAACAGAGUGCAAGACCUACUCCACUUACAGAGGUCACAAACAAGCCCAGCUCUGAAAAGGCAGUGCACAUGAACUGCUCCCGCUGCAAAAAGAGCAUGAUGAAGGGACACACUGCUUACCAGAAGAAGGGCUUCUCAGACGUCUUCUGCUCCAAAAACUGUCUGUUUGAGAUGUUUUCUUACAACAAACCAGCCACCAAGACCUGUCACCAAUGUCAUAAGGCGAUAUCGCAGCCUCUGGACCUCAUCAUGGCUGCUGUGGACACUAAAGGAACUAUGAAGGACUUCUGCAGCCCUGCUUGCUUGAGCUCUUUCAAGUCUGCAUCCACCCAAACACAAAAGUCAGUCUGCAACAUAUGCAAAAAAGUCUGCAGUACCAAAUGUGAGCUGACCCUGAACGAGGCAGUCAUCAGGUUUUGCAGCCACGCAUGCUUCAAUGAUUUCUGCAAGAACAACACGGGCAUCUGUGAGAACUGCAGCUCUGUGUGCCGCAGCAAACCGCUCACGCUGAAGCUGGAGGAUGAUAACAAAACAUUCUGCAGUGGUGGUUGUCUCAAGCAGUUCAAAGAGAACUCCAGGAUGCUCCUACGCUGCACCACUUGCCUCUUUUCACGACCUGUCUUGGACAUGGUUAACUUUAAAAACGAUGAGAAUGUGGUGCAGCUCUUCUGCGGCCGCUUUUGUGUGAAAUCUUACAAGCUGCGACUGACAGAUGAGAUGGAUCAAGUGAAGAGAAAAAACGAUAACCAAUCAAAAGAGACAAACACUGAGGAUGCUGUCGAACCAAACGACACAGUGUUGCUCAUCGCCGACGAGUGCACGCUCUGUUUCCACUGCAAAAAGAAUUUGUUGGAAGGAGAGACACUUUACAAGCCGAAAGACACAGAGGAGUUUUUUUGCUCCAUGGCCUGCUUACAUGAAAAGCGUCGCGAGAUCAAAAUACCCAUCAAAAAGUGCCACAACUGCUUUCAGGUGAUUGCGCGACCUCAAAACAUCAUCCUGGCUCCGGUGGAUGAUUCGGGAACUAUGAAGGAGUUGUGCAGCGAUACAUGUCUCUCCUCCGUCACAUCCAAAAUGAAAAAGGCUGCUACUAAGCCUCCACCAAAAGAGGGACCUAGUUCACAGUGCAGGAUGUGUGCCAGAUGUUGUUAUUGCAAAUUCACGGUGACCCUGAAUGGCGUGGUCCACAGACUUUGCAGUGACUCCUGCUUCAUGAGCUACCGCAAAGUCAACAACCUGCGCUUGUCUCUCUGCGACAUGUGUGACGCCGUCUGCUACAACAAACGUCUCGUGGUCAAGCUGGAGGACGACAGUAAAGCCCUCUGCAGUGAUGAAUGUCUGGUCAAGUUUAAAGAGAAAGUUGGCACUCGUCAGCUCUGCCCCAUGUGCCAGACGUCCCAUCAGCUGUCAGACAUGAUAGAAAAUAAAAAUGAUGAAGGCGGGCUGGAGUUCUUCUGCAGCAACAGGUGUAUGAUGGUGUACGAGGCCCAGACCUUCACUGUGACGGACAAGAAAAGCUCUUCAUCUGAAGUUUGUGAGGUUAAAGACGCGAAGCCAUCUGUAAUACAUCUCAACUGCAUCAAAACAGAGCCCAUCGAUGAGGGGUACAGCCAGAGUCUCACAGCCUCAGUUUCUCAUCAGGACAUCAAGAAGGAGCCAAAUGUAGUAAAGGAGGACUUAAAGAUUGGGUCGGUUUUCUCCUUGACCGACGAAUCCAAACCUGCAGAGCCCUCGCUCACCAACACGGAUGUCCCUGCAUCGUGCUCCGCCUGCAAACAGGCCCUCAUGGAUGGAGAGACAGUUUACCAGAGGAAAAACCACACUGGCAUAUUCUGCUCCACUUCCUGCCUCCUGAAAUUUUACCAAAAGAUACCAGUUUGGAGGACGUGCCACUUCUGUCUUCAGUCUGCUAAGGUUCUGGGUGCACUCUCUGCACCAUGA